AUGCCAGAACACACCGUUGUGCACGAAGCACAAAACGUGGCGGCCCGCGAGCCUCCACACCAUUUCUACAAGUCCCAGCCCCGCGCAGGUCACGUCAAGGACGUCAACCAGUACCUGGAAAUGUACAAGCAGUCCAUUGAGGACCCAGCCGGGUUUUUCGGACCCAUGGCCCGUGAACAUCUCCACUGGGACCGUCCCUUCACGCAGGUGCGUGCCGGGUCGCUCCAGCACGGAGACUCGGCCUGGUUUCUCAACGGAGAGCUGAACGCGUCCUACAACUGCGUGGACCGCCACGCGUUUGCCAAUCCUUCCAAACCGGCGCUGAUCUGCGAGGCCGACGACGAAUCCGAAAACCGCGUCAUCACCUUUGGCGAGCUUUUGCGCCAGGUCUCCGAAGUGGCAGGCGUGCUAAAGAGCUGGGGCGUGAAAAAGGGCGACACCGUCGCCGUGUAUUUGCCCAUGAUUGCAGAGGCCGUUGUGGCCAUGCUGGCCGUGGCCAGACUCGGAGCUAUCCACUCUGUCAUCUUUGCCGGGUUUUCCGCUGGCUCGUUGAAGGAAAGAGUCGUGGACGCGGGCUGCAAAGUCGUCAUUACCUGUGACGAGGGCCGCAGAGGCGGUAAAACCGUCCACACCAAGAAAAUCGUCGACGAGGGUUUGGCUGGCGUCGAUCUCGUUUCUAAGAUCCUCGUGUUCCAAAGAACCGGCUCCGCUGGCAUCCCCAUGAAGCCCGGCCGUGACUAUUGGUGGCACGAAGAAACCGCCAAACACGGCGGUUAUCUGCCACCCACCCCUGUCAACUCCGAGGACCCAUUGUUCUUAUUGUACACUUCCGGUUCCACCGGCUCCCCCAAGGGUGUGGUACACACCACUGCCGGCUACUUGCUAGGCGCUGCAUUGACUACCAAAUACGUGUUUGACAUCCACCCUGAAGACGUGCUUUUCACCGCAGGAGAUGUGGGCUGGAUCACCGGCCACACGUAUGCGCUUUACGGUCCUUUGGCCUUGGGUACCGCUUCCAUCAUUUUCGAAUCCACACCUGCUUAUCCAGAUUACGGCAGAUACUGGAGAAUCAUUGAGCGUCACAAAGCUACUCACUUCUACGUGGCUCCAACUGCAAUGAGACUAAUCAAACGUGUUGGUGAAGCAGAAAUUGCCAAAUACGACACUUCUUCUCUAAGAGUCCUGGGUUCUGUUGGUGAACCAAUCUCCCCAGACUUGUGGGAAUGGUACCACGAAAAAGUCGGUAACAAAAAUUGUGUCAUUUGCGACACCAUGUGGCAAACCGAAUCCGGUUCUCAUUUGAUCGCCCCAUUGGCUGGUGCCGUUCACACCAAACCUGGCUCUGCAACCGUCCCAUUUUUCGGUAUCAACGCUUGUUUGAUCGAUCCGGUCUCUGGCGAGGAGCUCAAGGGUAACGAUGUGGAAGGUGUGUUGGCCGUCAAGGACUCGUGGCCAUCAAUGGCCAGAUCUGUGUGGAACAACCAUUCCCGUUACAUCGAGACCUACCUCAAGCCCUACCCUGGCUACUACUUCACCGGUGACGGUGCCGGAAGAGACCACGACGGCUACUACUGGAUCAGAGGCAGAGUCGACGAUGUCGUCAACGUUUCCGGCCACAGACUUUCCACCGCAGAGAUCGAGGCCGCUUUGGUCGAGCACGACGGUGUUUCCGAGUCUGCUGUGGUUGGAAUUACCGAUGAGUUGACUGGUCAAGCCGUCAUUGCCUUUGUGUCUUUGAAAGAUGGAUAUUUACAGGAAAACGCCUCUGCCGGAGACGCAGCCCACAUCACGCCUGAGAACCUACGUCGCGAAUUGAUCCUACAGGUGAGAGGCGAGAUCGGCCCAUUUGCGUCGCCCAAGUCCGUUGUGGUGGUUAACGAUUUGCCCAAGACUAGAUCCGGUAAGAUCAUGAGAAGAGUGUUGAGAAAAGUUGCCUCUAACGAAGCAGAUCAACUAGGCGAUAUGUCUACUUUGGCCAACGCCGAUUGCGUUCCAUCCAUCAUUUCCGCCGUUGAGAACCAGUUCUUGGCCCAGAAGAAGAAAUAG